AUGAACACCACAACACCUCAGACUCAAGCUCGCUGCCAUAUUCUGGAACUCCCAGCAGAACUACGAACAAUGAUAUGGGAGCUUGUACUCACCAUCAACACUGGCUCUAGCGACGACAGGAUCCGCCUCUUUCAUCAGGAAGAUGCCGACAUCAAGCGCAUCAAGGUCGACUUUCCUGGACCAAAACUUACACCACCAGCAUAUCAGCUUAGAAACCGCAUUGCUGCACGGCGUCCCGCCUUACGCCCAAAGGUGCCAGACACACGCCCUAACCCAGUACAACUCCUCGGACCCUCCCUCCUCGCCCUCUUGAGAACCUGUCACCAGAUCUACGCUGAAGCGACUGGUAUCUUCUACGCAAACAACCACAUCCAGACAACUGCCCUUGAUUUCCAGCGUAUGCACGCUCUCACCCCGUCCAGACUUAGCUGCAUCACGCGUAUGUACGUCCAGACCGAUUCCGUGAUGGGUGAUGAAGAGGAGCAGCAAGCGUUUUUGGCGUGUAAGCUGGCAGUCUCCCUACCAAGGUUGGUUGACCUGACUAUCGGUGCAAGUUAUCGUAUGCUGGAGCCUUCCGAGCGCAGUGGAAGGGUAAGGCGUGCUAUUGGUAGACUGUAUCAGGUGGAGAAGUUGGUGGUCAGGAUUGCGCCGUAUCGACCGAGGUGCCGAGGGCAAUGCCUCCGGAGGUGGGAGCAGAUCAGGAGGGCGUUGGAGGGUGCGUUGCCGAGGGAGGCUGCGAGGCGGCAAGGUAAGGUCGUGGUGGAAGAGAUCAUGAUUGAGUCGAGAUAG